AUGCUGGUAGAAUUGGGAAUCCAAUCUGUGGAAAUUCUGGGAGAUUCCAUGCUGGUUUUAAAACAAAUUGCUGGGGAAUACAAGUGCCCAAGCCCUUCUUUGGCUGUCUACUUGGUGGCAGCUAGGAAUCUUCUGACAGAAUUCAGAGAAGCCACUUGGGAACAUAUCCCAAGGGAAGAAAAUUUUGCAGCCAAUGAAUUGGCCCAGGUGGCAACAGGCAUACAAAUGCCCGAAGACUGUGUACAAAGAAUCAUCAAGAUAGGAAAGAAAAGCCUACCAUCUGUUCUGGCCAGGGGGAUGGAGAUAGAUGUCAACUCUGCCACAAUCACUGAAGAUGAUUGGAGAAAUCCUAUCAUGACCUAUCUACGAUAUCCAACUUUGCCCUCUGAGAAGAGAGUCAGAAUCAUGGCUUUAAACUACCUUAUGUGGAAUGAAGAUUUGGUCCGAAAGAGUAAGGAUGAGGUGCUUUUAAGGUGCCUCGGAAAGAAAGAAUACAUGAAAGUUAUGGGGGAAACCCAUGAAGGAAUCUGUGGAGCGCAUCAAGGUGGGAGAAAAAUGUGCUGGUUAAUUAGGAGAUAUGGCUACUUCUGGCCAACCAUGAUGAAAGAUUGCAUUAACUAUUCCAAGGGGUGUGAAUCUUGUCAAAGACACGGCCCAGUCCAGCAGGCUCCAUCAGUUCCCAUGAAUCCAGUGGUAAAGCCAUGGCCCUUUAGAGGAUGGGCAAUGGAUCUUAUUGGCAAGAUCUAUCCAGCCAGCAGCCAGCAGCACUGCUUUAUCAUUGUUGCCACAGACUACUUCACUAAGUGGGUGGAAGCCAAGGCUGUUAAAUCCACUACAUCUCAAGAGAUCAUCAUUUUCAUAGAAGAACAGAUUAUACAAAGAUUUGGCAUCCCAGAAUCAAUCACAACUGAUAGAGGAUCCUCUUUCAUAUCUAGAGAAAUGCUGGACAUGGCAGAGGCAUUCAAAUUCAGACUGCUCCAGUCCACUCCUUAUUAUGCCCAAGCCAAUGGACAGGCGGAGUCAAGCAACAAAGUGAUCAUCAACAUUAUCAGGAAAAUGCUUGAGAAGAAUCCAAAACAAUGGCAUGAGAAGCUGUCAGAAACUCUUUGGGCAUAUAGAACUUCAAAAAGAGAAGCAACUGGCAUGACCCCCUAUGCGUUAACCUACGGCCAUGAUGCAAUUCUGCCUAUGGAGAUAGCCGUUCAGUCCCUCAGAAUUGCUCACCAACAUAACUUAGUAAGAGAGAACUACUCCCAGGCCAUGAUGCUGGAACUGGAAGGAUUGGAUGCAGGCAGAAUUGACACUCUCAACAAACUCCUGGCAGGAAAACAAGCUGUAUCAAGGGCUUACAACAAAAGAGUUAAAAACAAGAGUUUUGAAGAAGGAGAGAUAGUCUGGAAAGCGGUUCUGCCCCUUGGAACACAUGUGGUUGGUUAUGGAAAAUGGUCACCUACAUGGGAAGGCCCUUUCAUAAUCAACCAGAUCCUUGGAAUGGGGGCAUAUAGGUUACAAGAUAGGGACGGAGAAAUUCAUACUGCCCCAAUCAAUGGCAAAUGGUUAAAAAAGUUUUAUCUAACCAUGUGGGAUUCACAGGCUGUACAAACAGACCCUGGGAUAGACAUAAGGCUACACUGA